UUGACAUUUUGGGUCAAGACCCUUCAUCUAGACUGAGAUGGAGUCUCGACCCGAAAGUCGACAGUCCAUUUCCCUCCACGGAUGCUGCCUGACCUGCCGAGUUCUUCCAGCAGUUUGUUUUUUGAUUGAUGAGAACGGCUGAGAAAGGAUCUCUGGAAAAUAGCUCUAUUUAUAUGGGAUAAAGUGUGUCCGCAAUGGCAGAGCCUGAGCCAAAAAAGGAAGAGCCAGAUUCCAGGCGUCUUCAAACCUUUCCCAUCGUCAGACAUUGUGAUAUGCCAGAGGAAAUGAAAGUUGAGACGAUGGAACUGUGUGUCACAGCUUGUGAAAAAUAUUCUGCAAAUAAUGAGACCGCAGCCAAAAUGAUCAAAGAAACCAUGGACAAGAGGUUUGGAGCUUCCUGGCAUGUCGUGGUCGGUGAGGGGUUUGGGUUUGAAGUCACUCACGAGAUGAAGAACAUUCUGUACAUGUAUUUUGGGGGCAACAUGGCAGUGUGUGUGUGGAAGUGCACAUAACAGAAGAACUGUACAUGGAACAGCAGCACUGAACCUCCCCUUCCCUCCCUUCUCCAAAUCCAGCUGUGUAAAAAGACACCAAUCCUGUGCAAAUUGUCACUGAUGGCAAAUGCUGCAAAUGGACUAUUCGCCAUUCAGAGAUUCAAAAGAUUUCUUAGGGUUACACAGCUGUAGGAACAAGGACUAAAAGUAUUCUUAUUUCCCUGUUUUUUUUUAAGCUACAAAAAAAAAUCAAUAGUCAAAAACAGGUUAUCCAUUUGAAGUACUGAGAUAUUAACGUGACUAGAAUAUUAACAAGGUGAAUAAUCCACAGCAAUAGAGAACUUUUUUAAAACCCUUUCUUAAAUCAUAUUGCCAUGAUAUUUCCAUUACGUGACAAGGAAGGCAGUUUUCUGAGAAGUUACUGGAAGCUGAAUUUCUGCUUCACCAGUGUGUUUGUCAUAGAAGCCUCAGCUUUUUUAGAAUAAGGUGUAUCUGGGAGAGUCUACUAAUGUUAUCAGGGUGGGGAAGUAGAGCAAAGGAGGGAGAACAGUGGUAAACUUUAUAUUCUGACCGACAAAUGUAACCUUGUGCCCUAGUCCUCCUCACUGUUUAUCCUGUUGUCCUAAUGAGACUAGACUGAGAUGUAGUUACACUCACAUUCUUAUAAUGCAAUUUCUAGGGACCAGAUAGAGGAAGAGGUUAGGAGGGGAGAUAAGAGUCCAGUCGAUUUCAUCAUUAGUUAAAAGCAACAUUACCAGCUCUGGGGUUGGGAAUACAAGCCUUCAAGGGAAAUCCUUCAUUAGCUUGUUUUGAAAUACUUUUUUAACUUUUUGAUGUUGUGAUAGAAAUGCUCUUACUUGUAUUUUAACAUGUUUUAAUAAAAAAAAACUAUUAUGA